AGAGAGGAAGUAGCGCUCAGAUUCUGCGCAGACGGUUCAAUUGUAAUGGCAGUGUGGUGGGGCGGUCAGUAUUUAGCUGGCAGUAGGCUUUCAAUCGGCGGCCACUAUCGACAUGAUUCCGGAGUCGCUGCUGCUGGUGGUAGUGGGAGGCUGGGCUGCCAUCUACUUCACAGAUUUGAUCCUGAAGUCAUCGGUUCAUUUUAAGCAUUCUUAUGAAGACUGGCUGGAAAACAAUGGAUUGACCAUCUCCCCUUUUCACAUAAGAUGGCAAACUGCUGUUUUCAAUCGUGCAUUUUACAUUUGGGGACAUCGGAAAGCAAGGCUGCUUUACCAGUGGUUCAACUUUGGAAUGGUGUUUGGAGUAAUUGCCAUGUUUGGUUCUUUUUUCCUCCUUGGAAAAACAUUAAUGCAGACUUUGGCACAAAUGAUGGCUGCUUCUCCCUCUUCUUAUUCCUCCUCAUCUUCUUUUGCUGCUGCUUCUCCCUCUGCUUCCUCCUCCUCCUUUUCUUCUUCUUCCUCCUCUUCAUCUUCGUCCUCCUCUUCAGUUUAUGGUGAGCAGGUACUACAGGUUGUGGUUCCUGGUAUAAAUCUACCUAUCAAUCAACUGACUUAUUUCUUUGCUGCAGUGCUCAUUAGUGGUGUUGUACAUGAAAUUGGACAUGGGAUUGCAGCCAUUAGGGAACAAGUUCGAUUUAAUGGCUUUGGGAUUUUUUUCUUCAUUAUUUAUCCUGGAGCAUUUGUUGAUCUGUUCACUACCCAUUUGCAACUUAUAUCACCAGUUCAGCAGUUGAGAAUAUUUUGUGCAGGCAUCUGGCAUAAUUUCAUACUUGCACUUUUGGGUAUUUUAGCUCUUCUUUUCCUACCAGUAAUUCUCUUGCCAUUUUAUUACACUGGAGUUGGGGUACUUAUCACUGAAGUGACAGAGGACUCGCCUGCUGUUGGACUCAGAGGUCUUUUUGUGGGAGAUCUUGUCACCCAUCUACAGGAUUGCCCUGUUACUAAUGUGCAAGAUUGGAAUAAAUGCCUAGAUACCAUCACCUAUGAGCCCCAAAUUGGUUACUGUAUAAGUGCAUCUACUUUACAGCAGUUAAGCUUCCCAGUUAGAGCAUAUAAACGACUAGAUGGAUCCACAGAAUGUUGUAAGAAUCAUAGCCUCACAAAUGUGUGCUUUUCCUACAGAAAUAAUUUCAAUAAGCAUUUGCAUACAUGUCUACCUACCCGAAAAGCAGUUGAAGCCACUCAAGUUUGUAGAACCAAUAAAGAGUGUACAAAAGAUUCAAGUUUUUGUAUGACACCUUCUAUGGAAAUACAUACCCGUCUAAUAAAAGUGAAACAUCCUCCUCAAGUUGAUACUUUGUACAUAGGGCAGCCACAGCACCUUCACUACACAGCUACAAACCCUCCUUGCUCAUCUGAAGAAGAGGGCGGAGUUUUUCCACUGCUUAACUCCAAAAGCGAAAUCAAAGUUGCUUCGCAACCUCCCCCCACUAUCGCAAAAGGGGAGGAUCCUGAGGCGGGCAAAGUAGAUUGGAGCAACCUGGAGGAGGAGGCUGCACGUUACAAUCCCCACUCUCCUCCUUACUACACGGCCGCUGUUGCCUCUGUGCCCUCACAACUCGCUGACCCUAAUCUCGACCUUAAAAACCAAAAUCGCCCACCUUGA